AUUCCCCCUACAGUGGUGUGGUGUCUGCUGCGAUGGGGGUUCGGUCAGGUUUCCCAAUGAGUUAAGCCCCGUCUGCGCUGGAAAAACGAUCGUCAGACCGAGGUGUAACUCCUGACUCACCAUGAAACUGACUCUAUACUUCACACCCUCAACUAUGACUUCUCCAGACCCUAACCUGAUACCCCAACUACCCAGAGCCACACUCCUCCCUGCUACUGCAACCCCACCCCCCCAUCACCAGCAAAGCCCCAAACUAAUUACCCCCACCCAAACCACAGCCGGAUCUGAUACUCCUUCUCCGGGUCCCUUGCUUGAUCCGAUUUCUCCCACCUACCCUGUCCUCCCCUCAACACCCCAUCUCUUACUUUCCUGGACCUCUGGCACCUUAUCCCCAUUUCCACUUAGUGUUCUACCUACCUGGCACUCUAGCCCCCUCGAGAUGAAUGUAAGAUAUUGGACUUUCAGAAGGUAUUUGAUAACGUACCCCACAGGCUACUUAAUAAGAUGAGCCAAUGGUACUAGAAGUACCGUGGUUAGAAGGCUGGCUAACUAAUACAAGUCAGAGAAUUGGGCUAAGAGUAACAUUUUCAGUAAUAGCAACCUGUACGUAGUGGUGUGGCACAGGGAUUAGUACAGGACCACAAUUAUUUCCAAUGUCAAUAAUUUUGAUGAAGGAUGUGAAUGUACAAUCACCAAGUUUACAGAUGAUGGAAAACUAGAUAUUAAGUUAUAGCAGCCUGAGAAUGCAGACUGAAGCUUUUACAAUUGUGACUCAGGCUCAGUUUGCACAACAGUACAGAGAGUAUUUGGAGGCAAAUGGAAUUUUGGACACAGCCUAUCGCCUCCAGAGGCAACCUGAUGGAGCGGUGGCAUUGCCUGUGCUUUCCGAUAAACUAAGUCAGCUCCACCUUCUCAACUUGAGUAAUACUGUGGUUCCAGGCAGUACCUGUACUUUCACAAAAAUAAAGAAUCCAAUAUUAUCCAAGAAGUCUUCAGUAAAAUCCUGCCACAAACAAUUGCAGGAGGAGCUGUCUGAGUUGGUGAAGCAUCGUGGAGUGAUAUGGAAUGAUCAACUUAGUCAGGACCUGCCUCGAGUGUGGAAGAGGCAUGGAGACAUGAUUAUUCUGAAUGAAAAAGCAUUCCAGGCAGAAAUCUGGAAAACCUUGGAGCCAGAACUGUGGCAGGUGGUUGCUAAUGUACUUGGAGCAAAACGCAUUGCCAAAGCUGGUAGAGUGUCUGCUGGUGGCUUUCGAACUCCAAAGGUGACUUUACUGCUGGGGAACGAUGCCUGGGUCCACCAUAUUGAUAAUGGCAUCAGGUACACAUUUGAUGUCACCAAAUGCAUGUUCUCCUCAGGAAACAUCACAGAGAAGCUUCGAGUCAGCUCUUUUGAUUGUACAGAAGAGGUGGUUGUGGACCUGUAUGCAGGUAUUGGUUAUUUUACGUUACCAUUUCUCAUGCAUGCGGGUGCAAUAUUUGUCCAUGCCUGCGAGUGGAAUCCACAUGCAGUUGCUGCGCUCUUAAAGAAUCUGGAAUUGAACAAAGUAUCACAUCGCUGUAAAAUCCACAAAGGUGACAACCGACAGCUCUCUCUACGCAACCUGGCAGAUCGAGUGAAUUUGGGACUUAUUCCAAGUUCAGAAGAUGGAUGGCCUAUAGCAUGCCAAUUGUUAAGAGAGGAUAAGGGAGGGAUUUUACAUAUUCACCAUAAUAUCAGCUUGUAUGCUGAGAGCAGAGACGCACACUUCAACAGGCAGAAUUUUGAUAGCGGUUCUUCUAAAGUACAGCAGGAGAGUUUAACAGCAGAGCUUCGAAGUUUGAGUACUGAGGGAUCCGAGAGCGGCUCUAAUCCUACAAUUCCAGCAUUCACAUCAUCAUUUAAAACGUGCACUAAUAAAGACAGCAUAUUCAACUCAAGAUGGAAAGGACCAGGCAACCAGUCGGAAGUUGAAACAAAUUGUGGGAUGCGUUAUGAAAAGAGGAGAUUUACUAAUCCGGAAUGGCAAGCUUGGGCAGAGACAGUGGCAUUAAGGAUUAAGUAUUUAUUAGAAACUCUCUAUGCAAAGCCAUGGUGGACAAAUAUCCUGUAUAUUGAACAUGUGAAGUCAUAUGCACCUCAUAUUGAUCAUGUUGUACUGGACUUGGAAUGUCGACCAUGUGAUGUGAGUUUAUGAACUGAAAAUAUUGGUCUUCUCCCUAAACUUUAUAAUCCAUAAAAGUUGAGAACCUGAAAAUACCUGCAUUUAUCAGUGUUAUGCAUGCCAUCUCUCUUUCAUUAAGAGGUAUUAUCCUGUCAAUCUCUUAAUGGCCUUUUUGUGUUGGUGUGCCUAUAAAAUAUUUUACACAUAACAUCUUAUGUUCCACAAUCAUUUAAUUUCAUCGUUUAUAUUUGCUUUUCUAAUUGUUUUUGUUGACUUCUGUCCUAAUCUCUUGUAUUCUCUUUUAUCAUGCACUCUUCUACUGUCCUUAUAUUGAUUAUUAGCACCUUUCUUUACUAUCUAUCUAUUGUUUUCUUAUGAUGUUAUUCAUCCAUGGUAUCUCAUUCGUGUUUAUUUUGUUCUUUCUUUCUGAUAGAUUACAGGAAAAGUAUUGAAAUGUAGAUGUUGUUUAGCACUGUCCUAAAUUGCUAUUUGCCAAUAAUUGAUGCAUAAUAAUUCUGUGAAAGUGACCGGAGGUCUUUUCAUUUUCUAAGCAUUGAAGGCAACGUAGCACUGUCCACCAUUCUUCAUUUCCAUCGUUCCCUCUGUAAGCGUAAGUAGGGUAUUUUUACAGGAUCAUCAUACCCCUUCUCUGUCAGCAACGUUACCCCAGACCUCUGAAAAUCAUGUAUUUUAUCCCAGCAUCUGUGCUAUCUUAUCCCUGUCCUUUCCACUUAAGUGCUUCAGAUCUUGUUGCUGCUCUUCCUCAGCUUCCUUCACAAGUGAGGAGGGGAUUUAAAUGACAUCUGUAUCCACAGUACCACAGAUGCUGCCUACUCCCAGCCCUGUGCAGUCAAAGCUGGGACAACAAUUUGAG